CCCUAUUAUAUAAAUUUGCUUUACAGUCUUCUUUCCCUCUCAUUUUCAUCUUCAUCUUCUUCUUCUUCUUCAGCUGCUGCUGCAAAUCCAAAUCUCUCUCUCUCUCUCUCUCUCUCUCUCUCUCUCUCUCUCUCUUCAUUCUUCUUUCUCUAUACUCUUUUGAGUACCCAUUUUUCGAAGAGAGAGAAAAAGGGUCAUGGAACUUGCUGGUGAUGGAACUCCGUUUGACCCACGUACCGUUGAAGCUGUUUUCCGUGACUUCAAGGGCCGUAGAGCUGGCUUGAUCAAAGCUCUCACCACUGAUGUUGAAGAUUUUUACCAGCAGUGUGACCCAGAAAAGGAGAAUCUUUCUCUGUAUGGAUAUCCUGGUGAAUUGUGGGAAGUUACUUUACCUGCUGAAGAAGUUCCUCCUGAACUUCCAGAACCUGCACUGGGCAUCAAUUUUGCUAGGGAUGGGAUGCAAGAAAAGGACUGGCUAUCUUUAGUUGCAGUUCACAGUGAUACAUGGCUUCUCUCUGUGGCUUUCUACUUUGGCGCAAGAUUUGGCUUUGAUAAAGCCGACAGGAAACGCCUUUUCACUCUGAUUAAUGAUCUGCCAACAAUAUUUGAGGUUGUGACCGGAUCUGCUAAGAAACAAACCAAGGAAAAGCCAUCUGUCUCAAGUCACAACAGCAUCAAGUCAAAGUCGGGCUCAAAAGCGCGUGGAUCUGAACUGGCAAAGUAUUCAAAGCCGCCAGCAAAAGAAGAUGAUGAAGGAGUGGACGACGAAGAGGAGGAUCAAGGGGAAUGCGCUGCAUGCGGUGAAAGCUACGUAUCUGCAUCAGAUGAGUUCUGGAUCUGCUGUGACAUAUGUGAGAAGUGGUAUCAUGGAAAAUGUGUGAAGAUCACUCCUGCCCGGGCUGAGCACAUCAAGCAGUACAAGUGUCCUGCUUGCAACAAUAAGAGAGUCCGGCCUUGAAUACCAUAGGGAAGGGAGUUACUUCUUCUCACUGCUGUAACUCCAUGCUGGACAGCUAACUAGUUAGUUGCUUAGACAUUCCGUGUUGUACCAUUUUCGUGCGUUUCAGUCCCGUCAACUUAUUUUGUGGAUAUUAUUUAUUAAAUAUUUGAUAGUUGACUGGUUUUGAACAUGUCUCCUACCUUUUCCCUGUAUAUUGGGAUAUUUAUAUGUUCUUAGUACCCCGGAAAAAUAAUUGUUUGUGCAGAGAACAAUUUCUGCUACA